CGGACCUCAUUUAAUACGCACACACACACACACACAAACACAUUUUACCAGGGAGAAAGCUAAGAAGCAGAGAGAUUAAAUUGUCUGAAGCCAGUAGAGCCAGGAAGGCGUUCCAGGUGAGAUUUCUACCUUCGCACUCCAGGUCCAGAACCCCUUUCUUUUAACCAUGAGGCUGCUUCUUGUGAUUAUAUUGCCUCUUUUUCCAAAAGAUUAGUAACAGUAAUUCCAUUGGUUUUGUUACUAAAUCUCCCUACUCACAGAAUAUAUUUGUUUGCGUAAAUGGAUCAUAUUGGCUCUUCCUCUCUUAAAGUGAGCUGCGGUUAAAUUCCAAAGCUGUUAUAUUCAAGAUUCAUUUAGGAACUUUUAGAGUUUUUCUUUUCAUUGGUAGGAAAUGCUAACUUAUAAACUCACUGACUCUCCUUCAGAGUUCAACAGCACAGUAGUACGUUUCAUAUCCAGCAUGCACCUGAAAGGAAGGCUUUAAACCCUGGUGCAACCGCUUUCUGGGGUGUGGAUGGCUCGCACUAUUUGCACCCUUGUCACUUGCGGAUGUAAAUCACAGUCAGUAGCGCUGACCCUUAAGUCUCUUUUAGAUAAAAAUCACAGAAGGACCAGCGGUGAAACCGUGUCGUCAGGGAAAGCUGCGAUUAAAUGUAUCCCAAACGUCUCGGAAACAGAUAAACAGUCAAUCACUGUUUGUUGUUUUUAAGUGACUUACAUCAUUUAAUAAUGGGAAGAGAGCUGAGAGCAGCAGAGUGUUGCUUUGAAAAAUUAAAAUGUAUCGAUAACGCCUUUUCUCUUCCUGUUUUGACGGCGUCGUAUGUUUGCAGACUGUGUAGGGUUUAAUCUGUAGGCGGAAAACUAUUCAGCAAUCCCACCCUCCCGGAAAGAUUCAUGGAUUUAAGAUAGCCUUUCCGCAUCUUUCUUUUCUCGCUCCACUAUUACUCUUUUUCAUUUAAACUUUCAAGAUCCUCGAUGCCUGUAGUAAACUGCCUUCCUUCCCAUUCUCAGGAAUCGUUCAGCUCCCGAACAGGGGAAAGUUUUUUAAAAAAUGAAAGGAAGGAAGGAGCGUAAAACCCUCGGCGACCGCGCGUUUCAAAAGCGCGUUUUCGUUUCCUUUCCCGGCGGGCUGUGGCCCUGCAGGGCUGCCGUAGCCGGCCGCGCGCGGCCCCAGUCGCAGCGAGGAGCCCCGGUCGGCGGGACUUCCGUGUUGGCGGGAUUCUGAACGCUGCCAUGGCUCAGACCGUGCAGAACGUUACAUUGUCGCUCACUCUGCCCAUCACGUGCCACAUUUGCUUGGGGAAGGUACGCCAACCUGUCAUAUGCAUCAACAACCAUGUAUUUUGUUCAAUUUGUAUCGAUUUGUGGUUGAAGAAUAAUAGCCAGUGUCCAGCUUGCAGAGUCCCUAUCACUCCUGAAAAUCCUUGCAAAGAGAUUAUUGGAGGAACAAGUGAAAGUGAACCUAUGCUAAGCCAUACAGUCAGGAAGCACCUCCGGAAAACUAGACUUGAGUUACUCCACAAAGAAUAUGAGGAUGAAAUAGAUUGUCUGCAAAAAGAGGUAGAAGAACUUAAGAGUAAAAAUCUCAGCUUGGAGUCACAGAUCAAGACUAUUCUGGAUCCUUUAACCUUGAUGCAGGGCAACCAAAAUGAAGACAAACAUCCAGUUGCAGAUAAUCCAAGUAAAAUUGACCCAGAAACUGUAGCAGAGUGGAAAAAAAAACUUAGAACAGCUAAUGAAAUCUAUGAAAAAGUGAAAGAUGAUGUGGAUAAGUUAAAGGAGGCAAAUAAAAAUUUGAAAUUGGAAAAUGGUGGCCUGGUGAGGGAGAAUUUACGACUGAAGGCUGAAGUUGAUAACAGAUCACCCCAGAAGUUUGGAAGGUUUACAGUAGCUGCUCUUCAGUCCAAAGUAGAACAAUAUGAACGUGAAACCAAUCGCCUCAAGAAAGCCCUGGAACGAAGUGAUAAGUAUAUAGAGGAAUUAGAAUCUCAAAUUGCACAGCUAAAAAAUUCAAGUGAAGAGAAGGAAGCUAUGAAUUCCAUUUGCCAGAGAACACUUUCUACAGAUGGCAAGGGGAGCAAAUGUAGCGAGGAGGAUAUGGCAUCAAAGAAUCAAGGUGAUGGUGCCAGAAAGCAGCUUGGCUCAUCCACCUCGAGUUCUCACCUGGCAAAGCCUUCUAGCAGUUCUGCCAGACAGGAAGGCAUCAGCAAAACAGAACCAAAUUGUUCUAAGAACAAAGACCUAUAUCAAAAACAAGUGGAAAUAAUGUUAGAUGUGACAGAUACAAGUAUGGAUACUUAUUUGGAAAGAGAAUGGGGUAAUAAGCCAAGUGACUGUGUCCCCUACAAAGAUGAAGAACUUUAUGAUCUUCCAGCUCCUUGUACUCCGUUGUCCCUGAGUUGCCUUCAGCUCAGUACUCCAGAAAACAGAGAGAGCUCUGUGGUCAAAGCAGGAGGCUCCAAAAAGCACUCAAACCAUCUCAGAAAAUUGGUGUUUGAUGAUUUUUGUGAUUCUUCAAGUGUUUGUAAUAAAGAUUCUUCAGAAGAUGAUAGAAGUGAAAAUGAAAAGAAAUCAGACUGUUUUACUUCCCCAAAGACAGGAUUUUGGGAUUGUUGUUCCACAAGCUAUGCCCAAAGCUUGGAUUUUGAAAGCUCAGAGGGGAACACAAUAGCAAAUUCUGUUGGAGAAAUUUCUUCAAAAUUGAGUGAGAAAUCAGGCUCAUGUUUAUCCAAGAGGUUGAAUUCUAUUCGCUCUUUUGAAAUGAAUCGGACAAGAACAUCCAGCGAAGCAUCAAUGGACGCAGCUUACCUUGACAAAAUCUCUGAGUUGGAUUCAAUGAUGUCAGAGUCAGACAACAGCAAGAGUCCUUGCAAUAACGGUUUUAAGUCGGUGGAUUUGGAUGGUUUAUCCAAGUCGUCUCAAGGCAGUGAAUUUCUUGAGGAAUCAGAUAAGUUGGAAGAAAGAACUAAGCCAAACCUUUCCAAAGGUUCUCUAACUACUGAUCAGUUAGAAAAUGGAAAUGAAUGGAAACCCACUUCUUUUUUUCUCCUCUCUCCCUCUGACCAAGAAAUGAAUGAAGAUUUUUCACUCCAUCCCAGUUCUAACCCAGGAACUAAUGAAAUCAAACCCCCAAGCUGUUUGUUUCAGACUGAGUUUUCCCAGGGUGUUUUGUUAAGCAGUUCACACCGGCUAUUUGAAGAUCAAAGGUUUGGGUCAUCUUUGUUUAAGAUGUCCUCAGAGAUGCAUGGUCUUCAUAACCAGCUUCAGUCUCCUUGGUCUACUUCCUUUGUGCCUGAAAAGAGGAAUAAAAAUGUGAAUCAAUCAACAAAAAGAAAAAUCCAGAGCAGUCUUUCCAAUGCCAGCCCAUCAAAAGCAACUAAAAGUUGACUCAUUAGAAAGCUGUCAUUUAUGUUUUUUGUCCUGAGAGGAAUAUAAGUUUUUAAAGUUACUGUUUUCCCCUCAUAAAAGUUCUGUACAAUUUUGAAUUGAGUGUCAAAUCAGAAUGGUGGAUUAUCCUGUUCCCAGAAUACUUCUGUUCAUUUUGAAGAGUUCUUUUUCAUUUGGGGGUCUUUUUGACCAGAAAGGAUAGGGAGAGGGUUUCUUUUUAAUAGUAUAUGUGUCUGGUUUGGUAUGUUAUGUUUUCUUGAAUCUUGAUUUAACUGUUAGAUACAAUGGCCUGUUAAUGAGCCUCAGUUGUCUUCAGGACUUGGAUUUCUUAAAUAAAACUUUAGUGUUGUCUACACAUGCUCAUAAGACACUUGAGUUUCUUUAAAGCUUUUCCUGGAGUGGAAAUUAUUUUGCCUGGCCCUUUUUAUUUAUAUUUAGUUAUGGCCUAACUUUUAUGCAAGGCGGUGGUGGAGAAAUAGCACUCUAACCUUACUCCAGUAUUCAUUUACGUUUUUCUAGAUUUUAUGCAUUUUUAACAUUUGUCCAGUUUUUGUGAAAAUUCAUAUUUUGCUGGUAUGAAAGAAUACAUUUUCUAUAUGAAAAUAUUUGUUUUAUGUCAGGUAGCUUUCAUUUGUUUAUCUUUUUGUGUGUGUUAACAAUCAGAAUUUGAGCCUACUUGGGAAGGAAGGCAUAGAACGGUUGGGUCUGGAGAAGCCUAAACGUGGUAGCUGCAUUGUUCUGGAUAUGCAGGUGCAGAAGCGCUCAUUGCCAAGUUCUUGAUCCACUCACACGCCUGGGAAGCUUGUUUUUGGAGUGAUGAAGUUCUUGUUUGCAUGUUACUGUCCUUUGUGGAAACUCUGUGUGCAUGGUGGUAGCAUUCUUGCUUGCACUGUUUUCCUUACUUAAGAAAAAGAAGUUUCAGUUGGCUAAUAGAAUAUCUUUUAUGUAGGACAAAAUUUUUUUUUCAUGAAGUGUUGACGAGGUGAGAGUAGGUGAGCUAAGCACAAUUUUUAAUUUAGGCUUUGAAAAAGUAUAUUAUUCUAAACAUGUUUGGUGUGCCUAUAUGGGCCUUUAAAAAUGGUUUGUAUGCUAAUGACUUGUUUAUCUAAUGUGCACUGAACAUUUUACAUUAAUACUGUACUGUCUUACAUUAAUACUGCAUGCUUUUCUAUGUGAAUUGAAUAAAAGAUGUCAUAAGCACUGUAA